UGGUAAAUAGCUUGAAAAAAAAAUAAGCGAAAACUGUAAGAACUUAAAACCGGUGGUCGCUGAUUGGUCAAAGCAGUCCAGGAAGGCGGGCUUUUGUCGCAGCUGCUCUAACAUCAGCGGCGGUGAUGGCGCAGGUGUGUUCAGGUGACCUGCGGAGCUUCGUUCUUACCUGAGCUGGCGUGUUUCGUUUGCGCCGCUUCUUCACCAUGUUUGACCUGAAGAAGAGGAGCAGUUUGACCCUCAGAGGCUGCCGUGAGUCGGAGGAGUUCAGGCGCGUGGCGGUCAGACGGAAGAGCGCGGCGGUGGGGGCGUCAGGUGCAGGCGUUGGACUGUGCGGCUCCUACAGCUAUGGCGCUCCUCAUGACAAAGCUUGUGACUCUGAAGUGGGACCAAAUAAUAAAGAUGAGAGCAGCCCACUGACAGAGUCACUCUUUCCUCAAGGAUCCCUGAAACAAAAUGACCUGAAAGAUCAAGCUGCAGUAAACAGACAACCUCUUAAUCCCACAAAACCAGAUUUGAGUAGCAAUGGAGAUCACAGGGUUUCUCUGACCCACGCCAGUCCAUCCCAGAACUGCAGAAGCUCACCAAGUCCAGUUAGAGGCCAAACAAAAGAGCUUCAGAGUGCAGCCUGUGUGGCAAACAUCAGUCCGUCCAGCCGAGGAAUACUAAAGAUCAGCGGCUGUCCGCUCCUCAGAUCUCCCAGUCCAGGCAAAAGAGGCCUUCAGAGCAGCAGUCCACUGAGGGACGGGGGCCACAGCCCCGCCAAGCUGUCCCCAAGGAGCCACAGUCCUUUCAUGGGAAGACUGAGGACGCCGAGCCCUGUUCAGAAGAGCGGCACGGAUGUGUCUCCUAAAUACUCCAAACCAGUACUCGGACGCCCCAGAACCCCAAACAAGAUGGAGAAACGGGACAAAAGAGCCAAGAAGUGCUGGAGUGUCCCUGACCUGAGCGUCUGUGUGGACGUGGACAGAAUUCCUGUUGAGAGAACAGAACGAUCCCCCCUGAUGCUCCUACAGUCCACCAACUGUAACAGACCGGGCAUCACCAUCCAGCCUCCUGAGCGUAGGAGGAGUGACAGGGAGCCCUCCCCACCUGGAACGAACGUGGGGCUUCUCAGGUGUGGCCGGGCACCAGUAGAGGAGGUGCACGUUGAUGAUGUGAUCCAAGAGAAGACGCCCUCCAGCUGCGGCUCCAGGUUUUUCUGUGAAUGGACCAAAACGACGGCAGAGCCAGAAAAGGACGAGAACAACCAGAGGGCUGAAGGUGGAGAAGCAAAGGAAGAGGAAACGGAAAGUAAGCUGUUCCACAUCGCCAACGAACUCCUGCAGACGGAGAGGGCUUAUGUGGCUCGUCUGCACCUGCUUGACCAGGUUUUCUGCUUGCGGCUCACAGAAGAAGCAGAAAGGGGCUCGUUUCCUCCAGAAGUCAUCAGAAACAUCUUCUCCAACGUUUCAUCCAUUUAUUCCUUCCACUGUCAGUUUCUUCUGCCUGACCUGGAGAGCUGCAUCUGCCGCUGGCAGGAGGGUCCCGGUCUGGGGAAAGCUCUCCUGCAGCAUGCUCCCUUCCUGAGGAUGUACGCUGACUAUGUCAGGAACUUUGACGGCGCCAUGGAGCUGCUGAAGACCUGGACUGAGCGAUCCUCCGCCUUUAGGAGCGUCAUCAAUGAUGUGCAGAGUCUGGAAGUGUGUGGAAACCUCACCCUGCAGCACCACAUGCUGGAACCGGUCCAGAGGGUUCCUCGUUACGAGAUGCUCCUGAAGGACUACCUGAAGAAGCUUCCAGAAGACCACCCAGACUAUCAGUUUUCCCAGAAAUCCUUGCAGGUCAUUUCCAUGGCAGCGACUCACUCAAACACCGCCAUCCAGAAAGCUGAGAGUCUGAAACGGCAGCUGGAGAUCUACGAGAUGGUCGGAGAGGAGGAGGUGGUCAACCCCACUAACCAGUUCCUCAAAGAAGGCCGUCUGCUCAAACUUGCUGCCAGGAACACGUUAGCAAUGGAAAGACACCUUUUCAUGUUCAACAACUUCCUGCUGUGCUGCCAUCCGAGGUUCAGCCUGGUGGGGCAGAGAUUCACCGUCCGCUGCAGGAUCGGUGUGGACGGCAUGCAGGUUCAUCAGACCACCAAUGAAGAUCACCCCUACACCUUCCAGGUCUCUGGGAAGGAGAGGACUCUGGAGCUUCAGGCCAGCUGUGAGCAGGACCGUGACGAAUGGAUCAAGGUUAUUCAGGACGCCAUCGGAGAAUUCCAGGAGAAACACGAAACCUUCCGGCUGGCUUCUAAGGAUUUUUGUGUGGAAAAACCAAAAAAGGAGCUCGGCAAGCGUGCGCCUCGUUGGAUCCGGGACAACGAGGUGAGCCAGUGUAUGACCUGCCAGGAGCCUUUCAACGCCCUCACCAGGAGGAGACAUCACUGCAGAGCCUGUGGCUACGUGGUGUGCUGGAGAUGCUCAGAAAACAAGGCGGCCUUGGAGUAUGACGGAAACAAGCUGAACAAAGUCUGUAAAGCUUGUUUCCCCAUCCUGACACGCCAAAGAGGAGAGGACGAGGAGGAGGAGGAGGAGGAGAAGAGACUCCUGCCUGAGUUUGAGGAGAAGUCCGCUGAGACCGUCCUGACUGGUUUCCUGCAGUACGACGCCGCCUCCAUGGUUCUGCUGCGAGCGUGGUGUGUUCUGACCCGGAGCGUUCCUGCAUGUUUACACGUGUUCUCUGCUCCACAGGAUGUGAAGCCUUUGCUCUCCAUUCCUCUCCUGGACUCUGUGAUUUCUUCAUCUUCUCCAGAACUCGCAGGUCGCCACUGUUUCUGCAUCAACCAGUUCAAAACCGCGCACACUUUCUCCUGCGAUAGUCUGGAGGUGAAGCAGAGCUGGAUGUCUCUGCUGCAAACUGCUGCCAUGGGGCAGACUCGAACUCCAACUGCCUCCGACCGCUCCACCACAGGAGCACGCUCCGGAGCUGAUGGAGGAAUCCGCCAAGCAGCUGAUCCGUGACGUCUGAGAGAGCAGUUAAUGUGAAAACGUCUGCAUGGAAGGCAGAGCUGCUGAAGCUUUGGUCAGACACUUUAUUUUGAAAUAAAUUAGGGUUAAAAUAAAUAAAGUGAAGGUGUUUUUAACAAGUUGGGUUCUUUGCUUGCGUUCUGGAAAUAAAGAGAUUUGCAGUAUAAAACA